UGAUUCUUUGAACACGGUUUUUACCUAGUAGCGGAUUUUCAGGUUUUUAAUAAAAUAUCUCAUGCGCAUAAUUGUUCAGAGACAUUUGAUUGUUUGCUUAGGAACUCUUUUGCCUUGUUAGCCCUUGAAUUGGGAGUACUAGUUUUGUGCAGUUGAAUGAAUUCCAUGGCCACUACGUCUUCACCUAUCCAGAUUGUAAAUACUUUUGACGAGAUUGUGCCCUCAUCUGCCGCUUCCUCCUCCGCCACACCUCUUCUCCGUCCUCCUGCUUCUUUCGAUGUUUUCAUCAACCAUUGCGGAGUUGAUGCCAAAUACACCCUCGCCACCACCAUCUUCCAUAAACUUACGGCUCUCGGACUCUCCGUCUUUCUGGAUGGCCAUUCCCUUCAUUUGGGUGAUGUCAUUCCAGCACAAAUCCAAGAGGCCAUUCGAACUGCUACACUUCAUAUUGCCAUUUUCUCUGUUAAGUAUGCCGAUUCCCCUUGGUGUUUAGCAGAGCUUUCCUCUAUGCUUAAGACGGGUAACAGAAUUAUUCCUGUCUUCUAUCAUGUCGACCCUUCCGAUCUGCGUUGGGUGGCUCAAGGAAAUGGAAUCUAUGCACGUGCGUUUUCCCAACAUCUGGAGAAGAGCAGAUACUCUCAGAAAAAGCUUGAUGAGUGGAAGAUGGCACUCGAGAAUGCUUCUCUUCGUUCUGGCUGCGUGAUCAGGGAUAGUAGAGAUGAGGCGAUGCAGUUGAAGAAUAUUGUAAAUAUUGUAUCCAAGGAAUUGGGAAAGGUGCCCUUUCUGGUGGCCGACAAACCCGUUGGACUGGAUGAUAUCGUACUGGAUUUUGAAGAAACUGUGGAGAGUGGGCACAAUGUUCAAAUUGUUGGGAUUGUGGGAAUGGGUGGAGCGGGUAAAACCACGCUUGCUAAAGAGUUGUAUAACAGGAAAUCCCCAUCCUUCCAAUAUUCCAGUUUUGUAUUUGCAGUGCGAGAUGCUGCAAGCAAAAAUGCUUUGCAUGAGAAGCAAAAAAGGCUUCUUGAGGAUCUUGGUGUCCAUGGCUUAGCAUUCGAUAACAUUGAAGGAGGCAAGGCUAUUCUGGCAAAUCGGUUGAGAUCUGUUCCUGCGCUCAUCGUUUUAGAUGACGUGGAUCAUGGAAGCCAACUGAAUGCUCUGUUACCAACUAAGGAUGGCCUUGCACCUGGCAGUCUUGUCAUUGUUACAACACGCGAGUUACAUCUCCUAGCAAGAUGGAGCUCAACUAUAUAUAGAAUCAAGGCAUUGGAUCCCCUUCACGCAAAUGAACUUUUUUGUUGGCAUGCAUUUUUACAGUCCCAUUCACAAGAGGGAUUUGAAAAUAUUGUUGAAAAGUUUUUGCUAGCUUGCAAUGGCUUGCCUUUGUCCCUUGAGGUAUUUGGAGGACUAGUUUAUGGCAAAUCGAAGGACUAUUGGAAAUCUCAACUAGAUAAGAUUGUCAGAAUUUUGCCAGAAGAUAUUAAAGCAAGGUUGAAUGUCAGCUACAAUUCACUAGAUGAAGAAGAGAAAGAGAUGUUUAUGGAUGUGGCUUGUUUUCUCAUUGGCAGAAAGAAAAGCUGGGCCAUUGAAGUAUGGGAUGAAUCUGGAUGGAAUGGCUUGUAUGGGUGGGAGACACUUUUUAACAAGUGUCUGGUUAAUGUGGAUAUGGAAGAUAAUAUAAUAAUGCAUGAUCAUCUAAGGGAUUUGGGAAGGCAACUUGCAGGUAGACAUCCACCUUUUCGUGUUUGGCAUGAAGAGCAAAUAAUUGAUAUACAGAAACAAAUUAUGGGUGUUCAUUCUGGAGGCCAUUCGUUCUGGGGGCUGGCAACACAAUUUUUAUCUUGCCCGUUGUUCUUUCUGGUACCUGAAAUUCAUAAUGAUAUACAGGGAGGAAUGUCUAUUAGAGGGAUAGAUGCUGCUCGAUUUGAAUAUACUGACGAGCCAUUGCGUCAGAGAAGCGCCUGCUUUGAGCUCAUAGGAUCCCUUUCAAACAGAUGUUUUGGGAUCCCUCCACCUUCCUCGCUCGGAUUAAAAUUUUUUUCUGGCAGAGAAGAACAGUUUAUCAAAUAUUUUGGCACACCAUUGGAGGGCCCUGUCUGCCUUAGUUUGGAUGAGUUCAAGGGGAGAAAAAUUCAGUCAUGGUCACUCAGAAAUUUAAGAAUUUUGGAGCUCAUCAAAGCUCAUUGCUUAGUACAAUUAUGGGAUAAUUCAGAUCCUCCUUUGCAGUUAAGAGAACUGUGUAUCGACGAGGCCCGUAAAUUACAAAGGAUUCCAAACUCAAUAGGACGUCUACAGGGAUUGAAAUGCAUAAAUAUCUCUUAUUGUGAAUCACUGGAGGAUCUCCCUGAAGAGUUUUGCAAUCUCCAAUCACUGGAGUGGCUGAAAUUAUCUCAUUGUUCAAGGCUGUCUUCACUGCCUAGCCGUUUGGGGGAUCUGAUAAACCUGCGGUAUCUAGAUUUGGAGGAGUUCAAGAAGCUGCAGACAUUGCCAGAUUCUUUUAAGCAGCUGAGACACCUUCAACAUCUCAAUUUACAUGGUUGUGAGGAACUCACCUUGAGAUCCGACAUGCUGGAAAGCAUAGGUAACCUGGAGUAUUUGAACUUUGAGGGAUGUUGGAAGGUGGAACAAUUGCCAAAUCAAAUCACACAUCAAGUGUGUUUGAGAGAGCUCCAUGUUAAGCACACAAGCAUAAGGGAGGUUCCGAGUGACAUUGGCGAACUCAGAAAAUUGGAAGUGCUGGAUAUAGGAAGUCGGUUCUUGACCAGCUUGCCGUACUCUCUUGGAAAUCUGUCUAGUUUGACUCGACUAGAACUCAGUAAUUGUAAAAUGUUGAAUUGUUUACCGGACUUUUCGGGGCCUCUAAAUAUGCUCAAGAGGAUAUCAAUAUAUUCCACGAGUGUGUCAACAAUAUCAAUAAGUGGAGACAGCUGUCCCAGCCUUGAACAUAUCGUCCUUGACAAUAAUGAUCAUCUAGUGGAUAUCCAAAGCCUGCCAACGUCAGUGCGGAGGCUAGAGGUAUCUGACUGUAAAACGCUGAAAAAGGCAACGGGACUUGGCGGCCUAGCAAAUCUUCAAAUCCUUUGGAUAGAGAGUUGUCCGGAGUUAAAUGAGCUCCCAAGUUUUGCAGAAUUACAUUCCCUCAAAGAGAUCUAUAUAAGAUAUUGCGACGAAAUAGUGGAAAUCGAAGGGCUAGAGAAGUCGAGGUCAUUGGAGACAUUAGAGGUAGUACAGACGUCAUGGAAGUCCCAAGGCAUACAAAGUUUGGAGGGGUUGGAGAAAUUGAAGAGACUUGUGAUGGUAGCAGAGAACAGAUCAGCUCUUCGACCCUGCAUUCAAACUAUAAAGAAAUGGCCAGGCGAGAUGGUGAUAUGUGGAAGGGCAGUGAGUGGUGCAGAGUCAGCGUUGGAUUCUCUUUCCUUUCCCACCCUUUCCAUUGUUCGCUCAUUGGAGAAGACAUCUCUUCUAAAUCAGUGGAAGGUAGAAUGUAGGAAGAUGCAUGCUUCUGAUGCGGCCGUCGUUUGUUUCCUUGUAAAUUCAAUUACAGAUUGUAGAUGCUGGCUCUACAAUCUCUAUUUUAGUUAUUUUAGUGGUUGGACAAGUAUGCGAUUGAAGGAGGGGAAAUGGGUGUUAGUAGGUGUGUUGAGACAAGGUUGUGGGGAUAUUGUAAGUGCGACAGCUGAAAUAUGGGGUGGAGAAGGUGAUGAGGUAGAGAGAGGAAUAUUGUUGGUGGGAGAAGAAGGGAUAGUGUUAGAGACAUUUACACGGUUGUGGACAUUAUUCAUCUAAUCUGGUUAUCCUUCAAAUUUUCAUCGGACUGUGGGUUGUUACAAACCAACCAAAGUUUAAAUUUAAUAAAUUCAAAUCAAAUCUCAUGUAAAAUAAUUAUCAUGAAAUUCAAAUCAAAUAUCAUGUAAAAUAAUUAUCAUGAGUAUAGUUAGUUCAAUAUUUCAUUAGUGAGAUGA